AAGCUGAGUUUGGAAAAAUGUUAGAAGUCCCAUCUACAUCCAUCAAACUGCCUGUAAAGAAGAAAGAAAGGAGAGAGAAAUCAUCUUCAUAUUUAACUUUUGUUCAGUCAUCUCUCUGUCAUCUGUUUAAUGAUCUUUAUAGAGUCAGUGAUGGAGAAACUCAUUCAUCUGAUUUUAGUUUGUGGCCUCGCUUCCAGUCAAGAUAAUUUAGCGUUAAAAGGAACAGUUAAUCAAGCAUCCAUAUAUUCUCCCUUCGGACCUGAUAGCGCCAAAGAUGGUGUAAUAAGAUAUGAAGGCGCAUAUUGCUCCAUUACAAAAUAUGAAACUAACCCGUGGUGGAGGGUGGAUCUUUGGGCUAGUUAUGCAGUUAUGACAGUGGUCAUCACUAACAGAGGAGACUGCUGUGAGGAUCAAACCAACGGAGCAGAGAUUCGGAUCGGAGACUCGCUGGAAAACAACGGCAACAACAAUUCAAUAUGUGCUGUAGUUUCUGGUCUGUCAGUAGGAGUUUCUUUCAGUUAUUCAUGUAAUGGGAUGAUGGGACGUUAUGUAAAUGUAGUCAUGACCGGACGAAAAUCUCACCUCACUGUGUGUGAAGUGGAGGUCUAUGGAACAGAGAAUUUUGCAUUGAGAGGAAAUGCUUCACAGUCAUCUGUACUUUACAACUGGACACCUAUAAAAGCUAAAGAUGGUAUAAGAAGUGGCCAAGAUCCUUUCACACACUGCUCACACACAGAAAAUGAAACUAACCCAUGGUGGAGGUUGGAUCUCUUGGAUAUUUAUAAUAUUAGUACAGUGGUCAUCGCUUCCAGGAGACGCUGCUGUGAGGACCAAAUCAACGGAGUGGAGAUUCGGAUCGGAAACUCCCCAGAAGACGACGGCAACAAUAAUUCCCUAUGUGCUGUUACUACUAGAUUUGCAAAAGCUGCAGCUGUAAGUUACUCGUGUACUGGAAUGAGCGGAAGAUAUGUGAAUGUUGUCAUGCCUGCAUUACAGUAUCUUACCGUCUGUGAAGUGGAGGUCUAUGGAACGGUGAAUUUUGCAAGGCAAGGACAAGCUACACAGUCAUCCAUAUACGCCCCUUGGGUUGCCCAAACAGCUAUAGAUGGUAAAAAUUUUGAUUCAACGUGCUCCAUUACAGGAGUUCAGAUGAGUCCAUGGUGGAGUGUGGAUCUUCUGGAUAGUUAUGCAGUUAGCACAGUAUCCAUCACUAACAGAGGAGACUGCUGUCCUGAUCAAACCAAUGAUGCAGAGAUUCGUGUUGGAAACUCACCUGAAAACAACGGCAAUGACAAUCCCAUAUGUGCUGUUAUUUCCGAUCUUCCAUUACGUACUACUGCCAAUUACUCGUGUAAUCAGAUGGUGGGACGUUAUGUGAAUGUGGUCAAGACUGGAAAAUGGUCUCAUCUCAGUCUGUGUGAAGUGGAGGUUUAUGGAAAAGCUGAAAGCAGAAGAAUCUUUCUAAGGCUGAAAUUUGUCUCCAGUGUCAAUGUGGCUGCUAUGAGCAACAAAAUCCUCUCUAAGCUUCAUUCUUUUCUGUCAAUACACAUCUCUAAUUUUACACUGUCCUGGACACGACGCCCUCAUAAAGGGAUGGUGUAACAACAGGAGAGCAAAGG